GGCUUCUUCACAGAACCCGAGCGCUUCUGGCGCAAGACGGCGGAGCUGUUCAACGGCCGCAAGCCUACCAAGGUGCAUGCUCUGCUGGCUCAUCUGGAGCAGAAGGGCAUCCUCCUGCGCGUGUACACCCAGAACAUCGAUGGCUUAGAGCACGCCGCUGGUGUCUCGGCGGACCGUAUCAUUGAGUGCCACGGCACCACGAGUCGGGUCGUUUGCUCCAAGAACCGGCAACAUGCAAUUGACGGGCUCACUGCUUCGGAAGUAGCGGAUGAUGUUUUGCAGGGCCACGCAGCUCCACGAUGUCAUUGCGGUGCCCUGGUUCGACCAGACAUUGUCUUCUUCGGGGAGCCUCUUCCACCAAAGUUCCACAGCUGUUCUGGCGAAGACUUGGCCACCUGUGACCUGCUGAUGGUCGUUGGCACGGCCUUAAGCGUCUAUCCGGUGGCAGGGCUCGUGAACCGAGUCCCAGCCUUGACCCCCCGACUGCUUAUCAAUCGGGAAGCCGUGGGUCCGUGGAAGGGAGCAGAGGAGAAUGCUGAAAACUACAGGGAUGUGUUCUUUGAGGGUGAAUGCGAUCUAGGUGCAGAGCUUCUGGCCCGCGAACUAUCCUGGCCCUUGUGA